AUGAACUCCCGUGAGCCAGAUCACGAUGCCAAGCAGAGGAUGCAGAGAUCCUGGGAUGUCUCUAGCUCCAGAGAGAACCUUCAGAUUCUGGAGCAGCUUUCGAAGAUCAUGAACCGCCAUCCGGCCUUUCGAUUCCGGCUGAAGGGCAUCUCCUAUGGAAAUGGUGAGAUCAGUCAGCGCACGGAGUCAGCCUUCUACGAAGACUUUCACAAUUCCUUCCCGCAGGAGCGGAUGGACUGGUUGCAACCAUACGCCCAUGCUCGUGCCCUGAGCCUUAAGCGAGCACUAAACCAGCGCGGCAUCUCUUACGAGCGGUUGGACACAAUGGUUCAGGCAGGCGAGGCCAACACGAUCGUGGUAGAGGCCUUCCUGUAG